AGUAGUUGGAAACGCGGUGUAAACAAAACAUUUCUGUUUCAUUUUUUCGGCCCGAACAGUUUGUUUCGUGAGAAAUUGUGCAAAAAAAGCUUUUCCCGGAAAAAUUAUUAAUUCCCUGGUGCAAAUUUUCAGUGAAAAGUUUAGUGUUGGUGGGAGAAGCAUGUUUAAAAAUACGUUCCAAUCGGGGUUCCUCUCGAUACUGUACAGCAUAGGGAGCAAACCGUUACAGAUAUGGGACAAAAAGGUUCGCAACGGGCACAUCAAGCGCAUCACCGACCAGGACAUCCAGUCGCUGGUGCUGGAAAUAAUCGGCACUAACGUGAGCACCACCUACAUUACAUGCCCGGCAGAUCCGAAGAAAACGCUCGGCAUUAAACUACCGUUCCUGGUGAUGAUCAUCAAGAAUUUGAAAAAGUAUUUCACAUUCGAAGUGCAGGUCCUGGACGAUAAAAACGUGAGGCGGCGCUUUCGGGCUAGCAAUUAUCAGUCGACUACGCGGGUAAAGCCAUUCAUCUGCACCAUGCCGAUGCGAUUGGACGAAGGAUGGAAUCAAAUCCAGUUCAAUUUGUCCGAUUUCACCCGCCGUGCCUACGGGACCAACUAUGUGGAAACUUUGCGGGUUCAGAUUCACGCCAACUGCAGGAUACGACGGGUGUACUUCUCAGAUCGCCUCUACUCUGAAGAUGAGUUACCCGCCGAGUUCAAACUAUUCCUACCCAUCCAAAAACCACAGUCCAAAGCAAUUGCCCAGCAAGCAUGUUAAUGUUUGGCGUUUUUAAAUUUAACAGCAAUGAGGCGAAGAGAUGACAAGACUUCUACCAAAAAGCGGCAAAAUGCAUCCUCACAUAUGCUAUCUGGAUUUUCUUUGCACCUUAUAAUAUAUUUCCUCCUAAUUGGCACGAGUUUUUCAUACAUGACUUUCACCUUUCACUUUAAUAUAUGAACUAUACGUGGAAAAAGUGUCCUUAUCAGAGCAGUAUCCAUUGCAUAACUUUCCAAAAACAAUAAAUCAGGUCAGGCAACAGUACAUACCACAUCGGCAGGUAUCGCAAGCAGAUCAGUAGUGCAAAGUGAGAGUAUGAAUAAGACAUCCAUAAUAAUUGAAUCUGCUAUUUUCCAGCAAUAACCGUUCUUACUCAUUUACCGACAAAACCGCAUGUUAUGCAUCAACACCUCUCUAGGCUUUGUGGGUGAACGGCCAAACAUGCAUAAUUAUUUUUUGUGUGCAAAAACUUCACAACACUGAGUUGCCACCGGUACAUACAAAACAAAUGUUCGAUCAUGCGAAUUGUGAAUGAAGUGUUCAAGCUAAGAUGUUGAUAUGCAUGGUUUGAGAUAUCAAUUCCACUGUUGGGGUUUGUCCAUGUCCAACAAUAAAUGCAGGUAAUUACAAAACAUUGAACCGCGUUUGAUAGACCGAUGUGACGACUUGCGAAAUAAAUAUUGUAAAUAAGCAUAAA